AUGCUUGAGCAGCAGGCUGUGCAGCAGGGUUGGCCUGGAGGGCCGAUCGAUACGAGUCUUUUGACUCGAUACGAGCAGCAUGUUGCUCGUUAUGUAUGGUUUGGUCAGGAACGUGUCGUAGGUGACAAAAUUGAGCUACGAAUAGCAUCUUUAGGAAAAAAUGUAGUUGACAGGGUUCCUGAUCACCAUCCUGAAAUUAUUCAAGGGUGGUUGAAUAUUUCGGGGUUGUGCUGGCUUGAGCGGACUAGCUUGAAACUUACUGAAUUACAACUUCUAUCCGCAUUUGUUGAGAGGAGGCAUCUUGAGACAUCGUCAUUUCACAUGCCGUUCGGCGAGAUGACUAUUACUCUGGACGAUGUGACAUGUCUUUUGCAUCUGCCUGUUAGGGGUCACUUUUAUACUCUUCUAUCAGUUACUCAGGAACAAGCUGCGGCACUUGCAGUUGAGUUGUUAGGGGAGGAGUAUCAGUUUGCAUUGCGAGAGACUGCAACGCAAAUGGGUGGUUAUUUUUCACAGCAGUGGCUAUAUGAGAGUUAUAUGAGGAAUGCCAAUUUGUACAGGAGAUAUGACAGCGCAACCAGGGCAUGGAUGUUGAUGUUGGUUGGAUGUACCAUUCUGACUGACAAGAGUUACACACGUGUGGAUGCCAAAUGGCUUGUUAUGUUUAGAGAUUUGUCUGCAUGUCAUACAUUUUCUUGGCCCAGUGCUGCAUUGGUUUGUUUACGAUAA